AUGUCGGAUUCCAAUGACUCAAAGGGCAAAGCGCCCCAGAAGCCCAAUGACAAGGAACAAAAGGGCGCAUCGUCCAAAAAGCUGACCCCGCAGGCAGCCGAAGCCAUGCUGGAAAACAACCCCGCCCUGCAGAACGAACUGAGCGGGAUGGACAAGGAUAAAGCGGUCGAAGCGAUACGCAAGAUGGAUAUCUCUGAGCUUCUGACUGGUCUUUCCUUGACGGGCAAGAACAAGAAGGACAUGGCGAGCUUCAAGUUCUGGCAAACGCAGCCCGUUCCCAAGUUUGGCGAGGCAAGCACCGACGCUGGGGGCCCAAUCAAGAUGAUUGAUCCUGAAAAGGUUUCAAAGGAGCCGGAUCAGUUGAUUGAGGGAUUCGAAUGGGCUACACUCGACUUGACGAACGAGGAGGAGCUGAGGGAACUUUGGGACUUGCUUACAUACCACUAUGUGGAGGAUGACAAUGCGAUGUUCCGGUUCAGAUACUCCAAAGCGUUCCUGCAUUGGGCUCUGAUGUCUCCCGGCUGGCGUAAAGAAUGGCACGUGGGUGUUCGUGCUACAAAGUCGCGCAAGCUGGUCGCUUCAAUCUGCGGUGUUCCGACUGAGAUUCGCGUGCGCGGCCAGAAGAUCAAGGUCACGGAGAUCAACUUUCUCUGCAUCCACAAGAAGCUGCGAUCCAAGCGAUUGACCCCCGUCCUUAUCAAAGAGAUCACCCGCCGGUGUUACUUGAACGGUAUCUACCAGGCCAUCUACACAGCAGGUGUUGUCCUACCGACGCCUGUUUCAUCGUGCCGCUACUACCACCGCCCUCUAGACUGGCUCAAGCUUUACGAGGUGGGCUUCUCUCCUCUCCCCGCUGGCUCCACCAAGGCUCGCCAGAUCACAAAGAACCAUCUUCCUAGCAAUAUCUCGACGCCCAACCUUCGACCUAUGGAAGCUAAGGACAUCGAUGCCGUUCACGAUUUGCUGGAACGUUAUCUCAAGACACUCGACCUUAACCAAGCCUUCAACCGGGAGGAGAUAUGUCAUUGGCUCGUACACCGAGAGAACCCCCAGAAGGAGCAGGUCGUCUGGUCAUAUGUCGUGGAGGACCCCGAAACCCAGAAGAUCACGGACUUCUUCUCAUUUUACAACCUCGAGUCUACAGUAAUUGACCAUCCCAAACACGACUGCGUGAAGGCGGCCUAUCUCUACUAUUAUGCGACGGAAACCGCUUUCUCAGGUGAUACGAAGGCCCUGAAGAACCGGCUUCUGAUGUUGAUGGGCGAUGCUCUAGUUUUGGCUAAGAAGGCUCAAUUUGACGUGUUCAACGCCCUUACCCUCUGCCACAACCCGCUCUUCCUAGAGCAGCUCAAAUUCGGAGCUGGUGAUGGUCAACUCCACUUUUACCUGUACAACUACCGGACUACCCCUGUCCCUGGCGGUGUUAAUGAGAAGAAUCUACCGGAUGAGAAGCAAAUGGGAGGUGUGGGCGUCGUUAUGCUAUAG